AUGUUGAGCUUCCCAAAAGAUACCAAACACGAGCAGAAAUGCUACGUGACGCAUGGGACCAUGGGUCAUCUCGACCCUAAACAACCUCCGGUAAAACGGAAACCCUUUGUGAAUAUCUUGGGUCAUAGAUUUAUCAACAAGGUUGAGAUGAUAUUACCCAAGGAAUUGUAUGAUAUUAUGAAGAACGGGAUGGAUGGAGUCUUGGGGGAGAAUAGUCCGGUUUAUAGUCGGGUUGUGCUUCCAUUGAGUGCAUUGUUGGAGGGAGAGUUUUUUACGGAGUAUAUUAAAAAAGGGAAUGUUAUGAUGCUUUCGAAGGGAAUGAUGGAGGUUGAUAAUGUGUUUUCCCUGAGCGAAGGAAUUUUAACCUUGCAUUUGGAUAAGGAAACCUAUGAAAGAUCAGGUUUGGUAGGCAAGCCGGAGGGAAUUAAGGGGAAACGAGAACAUCGACCUCGGUGGAUUGUUGAGAUAAAUUUACGAUUAUCAUCAAUGUUACAUGGCAAGAAGGGUUUCCGAAGGAUUGAAUAUGCAUUCAAGAAUGUAUUGACUACUCCUGUGACGUGGCUUUUCUGUGACCUAGGAGCUACAGUAUUACCAUCUGACCCAUUAUCUCUACAUCAUCCAAAUAAGAUAACAUGCAUUCCAAAAGUAUCGAGUGACUAUCAAGUCAAGAGACCUAAAUUCAAGCCUCCAGUAGAGAGAAAUAGAAACUAUGACGAGGACUUUCGCGAAUACGCCGCCGAAAUUCAUGAGUGGCUUUCAUUAAUUUCGCUGGAAAGUCCACGAGUCAAUUCAACUGACAAGAUCGACCCCUUUCUGUCCCGCUACGACCCCCCGAUAGGUUCAGACGAAGCGGAGGAGUUGGUGAAAAUCACAUGGACUGGAUUUAUUUCCCCCACAUGGGCACAUAAUACUUUUAUCCAGGCUCUACUCGCAGCGCCGAAAAAUUCUUGGUUUUCGUAUUAUGUUGGCGGGUUUAGCGAUAGCUGGAACGGCGAGAGCAAGAACUGUACGGUAUUAAAGUUGCCUGAUGUCCCUAACGAUUAUGUUUUGUGGGAAGUAGAAUAG